CAUUAAACUCCCGAGAAAUUUCUAACCUUUACACUCUGCAAUCUUCUCAACUGAUCAAUGAUGAAGAACAACGGCAAGCAACUCCACAUCUUGUUCUUCCCGUUCAUGGCCCAGGGCCACACAAUCCCAAUGCUCGACAUCGCAAACCUCUUCGCUUCCCGAGGCCACAGGGCCACCAUCGUCACCACCCCUCUGAACGAGCCUUCGAUCCGCCGGUCCGUCGAGAAGUUCAACGACAGAGUUUCCUCGGAAAUCGCCACCAGAGUCAUCAAUUUCCCAACUCUGGAAGAAGCAGGUCUCCCAGAAGGUUGCGAAAACAUGGACUUCAUCACCUCGAGAAACCUGUGCGACGAACUGGUCCCGAAUUUCUUCAGAGCCACCACAUUGCUCCGUCCCCAAUUGGAGUCCCUCAUGGAAGAGUGCAAGCCGGAUUGCCUCGUCGCCGACUCGUUCUUCCCCUGGUCUACCGCUGCUGCCGCGGAGAAAUUCGGGAUUCCCAGGCUGAUUUUCAACGGGAUGGGCUUCUUCGCGAUGUCGGUCCUGGCCAGCCUCUCGGCGAGCGAGAAGGUUUGUUCGGACGGUGAGGAGUUUCUGGUGCAGGGAAUUCCUGACAGGAUUUUCCUGACAAGGAGGCAGUUGCCGGAGGCCGAGAGGGAAGAGGACGAAUUCCUCGUCGGUCUGUUCGGAGAAAUGAAGGAGUCGGAAUCGAAGAGCUUCGGGGUGAUUUUCAACUGCUUUUACGAACUCGAACCGACUUACGCCGACUACUACAGGAAUCAAUUGGGGAGGAGAGCGUGGCACAUCGGCCCUGUUUCUCUCGGAUCGUCAAACAGGGGAAGUAAAAACAGGGGAAACGACGAUCAGGAGUGUUUGAAAUGGCUCGACACGAAAGAUCCCGAUUCGGUAAUCUACAUUUGCUUCGGAAGCAUGGUGAAUUUCGGCGCAGCCCAACUGAAGGAGAUCGCUGAAGGGCUCGAAUCUUCCGGCCAGCAUUUCAUCUGGGUUGUCAGGAAAAACCCUGGCGACCCAAAUGAGGACUGGCUGCCGGAAGGAUUCGAGGAGAGGACGGCGGGGCGAGGGCUGAUCAUCCGUGGGUGGGCCCCACAGGUUCGGAUUCUUGAACACGAGGCGAUCGGAGGGUUCCUGACGCACUGCGGGUGGAACUCGACGCUCGAAGCGGUGAGCGCCGGGGUGCCGCUGGUGGCGUGGCCGGUGCAGGCGGAGCAAUUCCUGAACGAGAAGCUGGUGACGGAGGUUGCGAAGAUUGGGGCGAGCGUCGGAGUGAAGGAGGGUGCGGUUUACGGAGGAAUUGUGGGGAGGGAGCAGAUUGAGAAGGCGGUGAGGCGAGUGAUGGUUGGGGAAGAAGGGGAGGAGAUGCGGCGGCGGGUGAAGGAGCUGGCGGCGAUGGCUGCUCAGGCGGUGGAGGAAGGAGGGUCUUCUUACAGCGAUUUUGAUGAUCUGAUUGGGGAGAUUCAGUCGGAAUCUUGCUGCCGUUGAUUGGGAUUUUUUUCUAGGUUGUUUGUUUCUCUAUAUUAUUCAGAUGAACGAAGUACAGUCUUUGGGAUGUAAUGGUAAUUUAGUCGCUGUAUUUUAUUGUAAUUUAAAUUUUAUAAGACAUUUAACUAGUGGUGGUUUGAAUAAUUGCUUUACAAAUUGUGUAAAUUUGAUUCAAUUGACUUUUAAUCAGUAUUUUUCUCAUACAUUGUUGCAUUGUUUCACAAUACAUACUUAUUCAUUAA